UCUCUUCCGAACCUCCCCCACUUUGAUCUCUCCAUCUCUCUCUAGGUGUGUUCCUACUUCCAUUGAUCUUGGGUGUUCUGGUUUCUGUUUCUUGUCAGAGAGAGAGAGAGAGAUAGCGACGCAAUUAGGGAUGAAAAAGUGUACCAGUGAGACGUCGUCCAAACUGGACAGAAAGACGGUGGAGAGGAACCGGAGAAUUCACAUGAAAGGUCUCUGCCUUAAGCUUGCUUCCAUGGUUCCUCCCCAAUACUACAAAUCCUCCAAAUCCAAGGAAAUGAUGACACAGCAAAGUCAGCUCGAUCUUGCAGCCUCCUACAUAAAGCAAUUGACAGAAAGAAUAGAGAAUCUGAAGGAGAGGAAGGAGAAAGAACUGAAAUCAAAAUUAGGGACUAGUAAUAAGUCGAGCAUUAAUAAUGUCGAUCGUCCUAAUAAAGCUGUGGUGGUCGGAUCAAGGUUGCCUGUUAUUAAACUAACUGAAUCGGGAUCUAGCAUAGAAGUAAUGCUGAUCAGUGGGCUGAAUAAGAACUUCAUGUUUUAUGAAGUUAUCAGUGUACUUGAGGAAGAAGGAGCCGAAGUUGUCAGCGCUAACUUUUCCACUGUGGGUGAUAAGGUCUUCCAUACGAUCCAUGCUCAGGUUAAAAUUUCUAGGGUUGGUGUAGAGACUACGACGGUAUGGCAGAGACUGCAGGAUUUGAUUUAUUGAAAUCACUAUCGAUCGAACGUACGUAGCUGGAUCGUCCAUGGACUAAUGAAGAUGUUUUAUUAGCGGCUGCAAUUAGAAUGAAGCAAAACUCCACAAGGCGAAGCUGAGGAGUAAAAAUGUAGCUAGGGUUUAAGCUUAAUCUGUCCAUGUCCUUAACUUAUUAUGUAGUGCAAUAGCUAGGGUUUGGGAAUUCGGUCUGUAUAAAUUCAUAAUAAUUGAAUUAAACUUAGUUAGUUGAUCUCUUGAUAAUAAGAUAGUUGUUGAAA